UGAACUCAGAAUUCACAAAACCAAGUAAAUUACUAACAGACCCGGAACUUGCAAACCCAAAAUUUACAGGACCAGGCAAAUUACUGUUUAUCUCAAAGUCCUUAAAACCAGACAGCUCAAAAUCCUCAGAACCAGACCAA